UUUGUGGGCGUGGUUUAGUGCAUAUAGGGUGGUUCUACCAGAGCUGCAGGAGACACUCUGAACCGUCUGAACUUCAGCUGCAGCUCUUCUCCACUCUUUAACCCAAACAUGGCCAGAAACUCAGGAAGCAGCAGAUACAAUGAUGAGGAGCUGAGGAUAGUGAUGGUGGGGAAGACUGGGAUUGGGAAGAGUGCCACUGGAAACACCAUUCUGGGACGACAGUGCUUUGAAUCAAAGUUCAGUGGAACGUCGAUGACUGUAGACUGUUCCAAAGGCAGAGGUACGGUGGACGGGCAAAAGGUUGCUGUUAUCGACACCCCGGGCCUGUUUGACACCAGGUUUGGCAUGGAUAAAACAACUAAAGAUGUGACCCAGUGCAUCUCUUAUAUUUCUCCGGGACCCCAUGUGUUCCUGGUGGUCAUCAGGCUGGGCAGAUACACUGAAGAGGAAAAGCAGACAGUGCAGAGAAUUCAAGAACUCUUUGGCCAAGCGGCAGACAGAUACAGCAUGGUCCUCUUUACCCAUGGUGACCUUCUUGAAGACACCAUUGAGGACUUCUUGCAGGGUUGCUCAGACCUGAAGCAACUUGUGGACAGAUGUAAUGGCCAGUACCAUGUCUUCAAUAAUAAGCUGGACGAUCGCUCUCAGGUCACUGAGCUGCUCCAGAAGAUCAGAGAUGUAGUCCAGAGGAACGGAGGAAGCCACUACACUACUGAUAUGUUCCAAGAGGCAGAGAGUAUCAUCGAAGAGAAGAAACAACGCAUCCUGAAAGAGAAAGAAGAGCAAAUAUGCAAAGAGAAAGAGAAAAUGGAGAGGAAACUACAACAACAAUAUGAAAAACAGAUGAAGAAAAUGAAUGACCAACUCCAGGCUGAGAGAGAGAGGGAGAAGAAAGAGAGACAGGAGGAAAUGAAGAGGGAGAGGGAGUGUAUGAAUGAGGAGAUGAAGAGGGAGAGGGACGCGAGAGAAGCAGAAAGGAAGAGAGAUAGAGAGGAGAAAGAAAAGGAGAUGGUAAAAGUGAUGAAUACAAUCAAGGAACAACAUCAAAGGGAACUGAGAGAAGGAAGAGAAAAGGUGCAGUCAAAGUAUGAAGAUGAGGCCAGAAACGAAGCUGAGGAGUUUAAUCCAUUAUAUCCUCUGGUAAAAGCUGGAGAAGUGGUAGUUAAAGGAAUCAAACAACUAGGAAGAGCAAUUGGGGGCUUGUUUGGGAAAUUCUUUUGAUUGUCUAAAUACAGAGCAAGUCUCCAGAAGCUCUCACCAAGGAAUAUAUGAAAUACAAAUGAUUUCAUUAACAGAACUAUAAUAUUUUCCUGUUUUUAAUUACCAGGAAUAAUGACAAUGACAGUAAUUCUGCUGAAGUAGAGCUAGAGACUAUUGAGUCAUCAUGCAUCAUAUUAUACUCUCACAUAUAAUUGAUAUGAUGAUUGAUAUAUAUUUGUUAUAUUUACUUUUAAUAAGGCCUAAAGAGGUUUAGUAAGUAAGUUUAGUUUAGUUUAGUAUGUAAGUUAACAUUUUAAAAUAGUACAUGUUCAUUAUUAUAUUAUAUGAUUUCAUUAACAUUUAAUCAACAUUACAGUUAGUCAUCAAAGCAUUAUUUCCACAAGUUAUGUAAUGCUGUAUGUGUUCAUAUGCUAAACUGAAUUAGUAAUAAACAUGUGAUAUUAACACCAGAA